AUGCUCAGGCUUAUGGACGAUGCCGCUUUCUCAAUUGUACGAGAAAUAAAGCCGAAGUCUUCGCUCCAAUUAUUACGAAGUACUAUUAGCGAAUUGUAUCCCGACUAUCCAUUCGUUUUUGUUAGAGGGACGAAAGAAAUUCACAGAGAGCAAGAGUCUACAUUGCCAAUCUUUGCUUGUUAUGGCAGCGAACCGUAUACGAUCGAUAUUAAGUCUCUAAGCGGCUGUAUUCCACACACGUGUGGACGGAAGAGUAGUGCUAGUUUGUCAGGUCAACGAUCACGAGACCAAAGUCCGCCUAGUGAUCAAACGGAGUCACCUUUACUUGACGGUGACGGUCGAGAUGGAAGUUUACAUUCUAUUGGUAAGGACGAAAAUCAUUUAGUCACGAGACGGUUGUCUCUGGCCGAGUCUAGAACGACUGCUUUUACUCAAGAAAGCGAGGAGGUCGAAUCUAGUAACGACUGUGGACUUAUUCACAACCUUGAUGAAUCUGCGAAAACAACAGGGUUACUAGUACAGACGGAACCCUUAGUUAGUAGUGAUGUCGUUGUUUCUGCCAUCGGAACGGUGACAGUAAGUGCAUUGCCGGAAAACUCCAACGGGGUGAACGAAAAUAGUGCCGAUUUGGUAUCUGCGCAUUUCCACGAUGAAGAACAGGAGGAUGAGAUGCUAGAGAGUUCUGCUCAUGUGGCUGCAGAGACUGGUGUCGGCAACCUUGCAGACUCGGAUGCUUUUAUAGACCAGACGGUCGUGACGCAAACUCAGACUGAUAAUUUGCGUCAUGCAGAUGAAGAACACAUUACCGAGAAUCGUCGUCAAUCGGGGUCUAUCGGUGCUGACGAGGAUGGGAGAAUGGUGGGCGCUUUGGGUGUUAGCACAUCUGCGAUAGCACCAGAUUACUCUGUGCCCGGCAGAGAUACAAAUGACCAGGGCAGUGCUGCUUCUUCAAGAAAACGGGAAAAAAAGAAAAAAAGGAGACGAACGGAGCUUGAUGAUCAGCCUUCACUUAGUCCCGUGGGAACAGUCGAGACAGCGAAGUUGUCCAGCGAGGAGCCGUCACUUAUAGUGACGACAGCACCUGAUGAUUCUAGUUUGACACCGACCGUUAGUCUAGUUUUAUCUAGUCACAAAGAAUCGGUUGUUGAAAGCCUAUGUUCAGACGGCAUCGAUGUAGCCCGUGUGUGCAACGACAGUAGUUUUCAAGAGCGCGAUGUUUGCCAUGAAACCGCAAUCGACAACACGACAGACAUCUUGGAGCAACACGAGAAGUUUAGCGACGACAUUCCUGUACUGGAUGAGAGUACUACGACUUGCUUUUCGGAAAGUAGUUCGCUAGCACAUGUUUUUGAUGCAAGCCAUCUGCCAGCAGCCGGUCAACAGUCACGUAGGCGGAAUUUCGGCACGAAUCCGUUGCAAUUGACAUACUCGAUGGGAAGCUUCCUUUGGAAAGGCGAAGAAGUAGACGUAGAGUUGGAAUACCAUUCUCUACGUGAAGUACCUUUACGUAUUCUUCCCGUGCGCAUGAUGAAGUGCGCACUCCCGUUUAUUGCCGCUUGCUUAAACUCACGACUUAAGGGCACCAUUGGUUUUGGGGUUGUCGGCCGAAAAAAUAAGGAAAAUGCGACAUUUUCAGAAGUCGUUGGUGUUCAGGUGGAGAAGAACGUGAUUAGACUUAUUAAAGCUGAAUUUGCCAAAUUGCUGGACCAUCACAUCGAAACAAAGACGUUUUCCAAGCUAGACAGACUGCAGAGAGAGUGUAUAAAAAUGUUUCCUAUUAAAGUAACAAAUAUUUCGCCAAGAGGUGACCACACAGCUCAAGCUGAUCGAUGUGUAUUUGAAAUUGAUGUUGAUCCUCAGUGGACUGCUUUCGGCACUCACCUUUUCUAUUGCCGGUGGGCUAGUCAAGACCACGAUUUGCUGGAGCCUACUAAAGAAAUUCACGUGUCCCGAAGUAAGGCACUUGUUGCUAAAGAUCGAACGAACAGGGUAUUAGUAGAACGAAGAGAUGGUCAGACGUGGCAACGACGUGCCAGCCAGGAAUCCGUUUUAGCGCGUGAGGUAGAGCAGAAGUAUCAGCGCUACAAGCAGAUGGUUGAGGAGAAGAAGAGUUCAGCGUCAUCAGAGUCUUCUUGUGAUGAGGCACAACUCGUUCGGCUAUUGAAGGAAAGACUGAAGGCUUUUACGACAUCGAUAUUCGACUAUGUGCUCAUUGCUAACAGUAUUCCUUCCGAUCAGCGUACCAAAGAAGCACCGUUUCCAUUUGAGUUUGUGAAGCUGUUACCUUUGGUCGGUGUAAUCGAUUUUGACCAAGAUUCGGAAAAGGAUGGUCUUUACAAGUGCGUAACGACUCGCCUUGAUGACGGCAAUCUUCCUCUUCAACCAUUAAUUUUGCACUGCGAUGAUUGCGAGAAACACUUUACACGAUCGUUCAACAAGAUGUUUUGCAAAACGCAGGUGCUACAUGCAGCGCACCAACUGCCGUGGAUUUUCGCUAACGGAAGAAAGGAAGUGUUUGAGAGAGUAAACGACGCUACAUGGUUUUGUGAGUGCAAAAGCGACGUAGACACUGCACUUAAGACUUUGAAACAACAAUUUCCACAUGUUGUAGCCAUGUUUCUUGUUUUUGGCGAAAGUGCAAUCAAGGAAAUGGCAUGGCUGUUAGACAGCGUUUUCAGCCUGUUCAAACCGCUCCAGAGUACCAAAUCAGAGAAAAAACUUUUGAUUUUGUGUGACGAGCAACGUACUGUGGAUAGUCUAGUGAAAUCUUGCAGUAUGCAUGAAGUCGUUCGUAAUCAUUGUGUAGCUGGACUACCGUGGGACGUUGUGGGUGGGAUUAUCACUGACUUGGCAGAAACUAUUCCACUUGGGGACGGUGCGAAACAUCUUCGCACGAGUUCUGGUGUUGUUACUUCAGUCUCACUCAAAAAGCUGAACGAGUGGAGGAGCAUAGAAGUGAUAGACUAUUACGAAAGUAAGAAGACUGUGGCGGAAGACUGUAUAACUGAGAUCAGAGAUAACUUCUACAAAGGUGAACCAGUUUUAUGGGAUAAUUUAAAGCUAAAUCAUGAUGUUAGACGAGAUAUUGCACUCAAAGUGAAGCAAUGUGUACAAGAUCGUUUGCAUGCUAGAUCUGGUCAAGAGUUGGCUGAAAGUUUUAUGAAAGUGCUGAUUUCCAUUACUGUAGUUACUAUUUUACAUCGACCAGGUACUGGAGGAUCCACGUUGGCAAAACGAAUUAUGUGGGAUUUACACCAAGAAGCACAGUGUCGCUGUGCAGUCAUUGAGGGUAUUACUGAGAAAACUGCGCAAUAUUUGGAGGAACUUCAAAGAUUCGGUGAGAAGAAUAAUUAUGGCGGAGAGUGCUUACCUUUACUGUUGUGCUGGGAUGGUGAUGAUGCCAACCAGUUUUCUAAUUUAGUUAUUCAGCUCUCUAGACGAGGCGUUCGUGGUGUUGUUCUUGAGGUAAGGGCUAUGUCACAUCCGGACAUGGAUGAAGACGAGAUGUUAGGUGAUGCUACGUUUGUUGUUCCGAGUGAGCUCAAAGAAGCCGAAGUAACUGGUCUCAAAGCUAUUGUUUUGCAGCUAGAGCAAAGCCAAGAAAAGAGGACUCAAAUACUGCAAGAUGUUGAUCGUGACCGAUGCCUGUUCUACUUUGGCUUGCGCCUGUUUGGCAAACAAUGCAAGCAGGAGCGCGUGAUGCACUACGUUAAUCAGAGACUCAAUGAGAUGAGCUACAUUGAACAGCAAUCUUGCUUUAAAGACACUUACCUGUCUAAGUCAGCUGAAGAUAUGGAAAACUUCAAUGUGAAAUGCGUCAGUUUGUCAUGCAGUGACCUACUUCUUGAAGUUCAUGAAACUAAUCAUAAAUAUGGCUAUUUCGGGUGGAGACCAGCUCAUCAGCUGGUUGCAGAAAUCGUACUGGAUGAGAAAGAUCUGGUUCAGACGGGUAUUGACUUUCUGUCUACAAUGCUUCAAGGGCAAUCAUUCGGGACAAAGUAUCUUGCUGAAGUGGCUUGUGAACUGUUUUCUAAACGAACAUAUUACCAUAAAGGGGAUGAAUGGUACGAUGAGUACGAUGAGAUUGCAACUGAUUUUUACCGUGGCAAGGAGCGACAAACCAAGAGCAGUCGCUAUUCUCUCUUUAUAACGGAAAUUUUGGAUACGUACAAUGUAGACACGGCCAUAGUGUUGUGGUUUACGUUGUGCACGUUUGUUAGAGAAAAUCCUUAUGCUUGGCAGCACUUUGCCAGAUUUUUGGCCUUGGAUGUGAAAGAUAUGCACGUGAAUCCGUUUUUGCGUAGACACAUAUGCAAGCUACUCUCUGAAAGGAUUACCGCUAAUGAAUUCUACAGUUUACAAUUGAUUCCGACCGAUGACAUUCGUUUAGAAGACUUUCGAGGCAACGAUGAGCCUAGGGAAGAUGAUCGUUCUGAUAUGGAUGGGUUUGAGCUUGCUUUAAAAUGCAUACACGAAGCUCACACGCUUGAGCCCGAUGUCAGUGCUAUUCACAGUACAGAGGGUCUAAUUUACAAGACAAAAUUGGAUUGUUUUGCUAGUAAUCUGGAUAGUAAUCUGAAGGAGAGGAAAGUGCAGAUGUCUACUGCUGACGUAGAACAAGCUCUAACCAUUACCAACUUGGCAUUCCAGGCAUUUAGGAAGGCUCAGUCAUGUCUUCAAAAGUACCGUAAUUGGUAUCCUCUGGUGGGAGAAAUUCAAGUUGGCAUUAAAAUGCUUCAGAUUUUGAAAGGUUGGUCAGCCUUUGAGAAAAGGUAUUACACACGUGAUGGGUUGUCGUUCGAAGCGUACGUCAAUGAUGAGUUUACUGAAUUCCCUGAAUCUUUGUCUCCACAACAUGAGAAGCUUUUAAAGUCUCUAGUUAAGCAUAUUCUUCAUCUUUUACACUCCGUAUUUCAACAUGAGAGCGCAGUGCACGCCGAUCGCUCAACUGAAGAGCCAAUUCAACGACACUGGAAGAGUGCUGUUAUGGCUGCGUCAGAGUUGCAGAUGCAGUUUUACAAAACAUUAUCGUUCAAGACAGAACAAAUAUAUGCUGACAGGAAACGUUGGAAAGAUAAUCCCAAGAUGAAAGAGAUGCUUUCCGACGCAAUUCUAAAAGAUCAUCAUGAGAACCCAUAUAGUUCUUGGAACAAUCUACCCCCUCGAACUAUGAUGAAACUGAUCGACGUUCUCAUGGCAGUUGUGAAAGAGAGAGGAAGCAAAGUUGGAUGUUCUACUGUAAUUGUACUUAUACGGGCUUGUCUGGAAACAGACAAACCGCCGACGACUUGGAGUGAAAUCGCAGAAUUGAUUUGCAAUAGCUGCGCUGAUUUUCCUCAUUCAGAGUGGGUCUUUAUGUUUCGAGGAAUGAUUCAUUUCCCUUUUCCUGAUGAUCAAGGUCGGUUUAUGGCUCACUCAAAGCUGGCCAUUGAGUCUUUUCACCAAUGUAAAGCGCUGAUGCGGAACAAAUCAUUUCAAUACAAGCGAGCGAGGCCACGGUACUUUGUAGGCAGAAACAGUGAUGGUUAUGUUUUUUUGCCGUUUGGUAGAGUGUCCCAUUUUGAAGGUUCGUUGGAGCGUCACAAAACAGAAGGCUUGUUUCUUAACUCGCAGGAGUGGUGGAGAAGUCACCCUGCGUGGACACGACUGGCUAGACUCGAGGGAACCAGACUGGAGGGAAGCAUUAUUAACUACAAAGGAAUACAACUUCGUAUGGACAAAGAUCCUAACCCUUAUUCAGAAGGUCGCGAAAAAUUGUGGUUUUGCGUUGGGUUUACUGUGCAAGGACCGGUUGCGUUUGAUCCAAUGGACGAAGACACUUACACUAAUCUGUGUGAGGCAGAAGAAAACGGCGAGAUUCCAACCUUCGAGAAGAUUCUAGAAGAAAGAAUGGCCGAGCGUCGUGCCGGAACUGAUUCUGCCAGAGCUAACGUCAGCACCGACCGGCGACGCAGUCAAAGCCGCAGAGGUACACGUACGGCAGGGGUGCCACGUCGGGAUAUUUCCUAUCCUACGGAUAAUUCUGCUCCGCGAACAUCUCGGAAUAAGAAAACAGACGUCGAACACAAAACCGACACAUCUGACCAUACAGAAAAAGUAGGUCUUAGAACGACGCAAACUGCAACGAAUGGAGACACGACUAUUUGUGACAAACGGGCAAACAGAAACUCGACAACACGAGACUCGGAAACUGCACUUCACGCUGAUGAAUGUGAAUCUUCAUUAGAAACUGCCUCUGCAUCCGUGUCCUCUUCUGCGCGAAAUAUGACUGGUAAUGUUAGUCCAACGGCUGCGGCAUCAGUAGUCAGACUUUCACCAAAAUCUGGAGGUGAUGCCACAUUCAGCAGAGAAGUCGAUGAUCAUGCGCCACCAUCGGGUCGAAAGAAAUUUGAUAACUCCAAGCAACAGCAGUCAUCUCACACGUUAAAGCGUGCUCUUAUCGUCGCGGGUAUUUCAGGCUUUUCUGACGUGUACGUCCGCAAAGUAGCCGCGCAGUUUGGUGCAUUCAAACUGCAGCGGUACAAGAAAGAGAGUUGCGUACUUGUUUUCCAAUCACCCAAAGAUGCCGAGUCUGCACACGGCGGUCUCUCUACUGCUUUCGAAGGUCGACACGUUGAAGUAAAAUGGGAGAGAAGGUAACUUUAGUAACUUAGUUAUAGUAAGACAAGGUGAAACUGUAUACUUAUAAGAAACAUUUAGCUAAUUAGCUAAUUAUCGCAAUAACACAUGGUCGUACA